CCCGAGCCGGGAGGCGCCGGGAGAGGGCGGAGGAGCCCGCGGGAGGGGCUCAGACGGCGUCUUGAGCGGCGGCCGCAGCUGCAGCUGGACGGCCGGCCGGCGGCUCGGGGCCGCGCGCCGGGAACCUCGCGGGGCGGGCGGGCGCCGCACCCCGGCCUGGCCGCCUGCGCCCCGGGGAGGCCCCCUGCGCGCGUCGGGACCAGCAGCAUGAGCAGCGGCUACAGCAGCCUCGAGGAGGAUGCGGAGGACUUUUUCUUCACCGCCAGGACCUCCUUCUUCAGGAGAGCGCCUCCGGGCAAGUUCCGUUCGGGUCAGCCGGAUGUAGAGAAAGAGAAGGAAACUCACAAUUACCUCAGCAAAGAGGAGGUCAAAGAGAAAGUCCAUAAGUACAAUUUAGCUGUCACAGACAAGUUGAAGAUGACCUUGAACUCAAAUGGGAUUUACACUGGCUUCAUUAAAGUGCAGAUGGAACUCUGCAAACCCACCCAGACCCCAGCCAGCCCCGGGAGACCCCCACUCAGCGGCCGAGGGUGUGUGAACACACUUCACAUCAGCAGUACAAACACCGUGGGAGAAGUGAUUGAGGCCUUGCUCAAGAAGUUUCUGGUGACGGAGAGCCCCAGCAAGUUUGCACUUUACAAGCGAUGUCACAGGGAAGACCAAGUGUAUGCCUGCAAGCUCUCCGACCGGGAGCACCCGCUCUACCUGCGCUUGGUAGCAGGGCCCAGAACUGACACGCUGAGCUUUGUCCUUCGAGAACACGAAAUUGGAGAGUGGGAAGCCUUCAGCCUGCCAGAGCUGCAGAACUUCUUGCGCAUCUUGGACAAGGAGGAGGACGAGCAACUGCAGAGCCUGAAGCGGCGCUACACAGCCUACCGGCAGAAGCUGGAGGAAGCCCUGGGCGAGGUGUGGAAGCCCGGCUAAGGCGAGGGCUUCCUGUUAGGAAGGCACAGCUCGGACCAUGAAAGAGCGGCACCGCCCCUGCUCAGAGAGCUGUUUCCCUGCCCGCAUGCUAGGGCCUUGCUCUUUUCUCUCCAGACACAGUUCUCAAAGCCUGCGCACGCAGCAUCCUGCGCCUCACCGAUUGACACAAGGGACUCCGCAAGCUUGUUCUGUUGGCAUGGCGACGUUACCUCUUGCAAGCUGUGAGCCUGUGGUCCUCGGGCACAUCCUGGAGUGCUCGGAAGCAUGAACUCUGGGUCGAUUCCCUGUUUUCUUCUAGUUACUUUGAUUAUGUGAUCUUUGUUAGGCUUCAGGGUGAGCAGAUACUAACAAGCAGUCUUUGCAAACUUGUCUUGCGGCGAAACUGCCUGCUUGGUUGUCUUCAUUCGGAACAGUCUGCUCCGUGAUCUGAAAGACACAGGAAUGUAGGAACUCUGGGGGGUUGGGAGAAGAUGUGUAAGAGUUUUGAUGAGGAAAGUAAAGAGCACGUUGGGAAGGUAGAGAGAGUGGAGAGCCCUCGGCUUGGGAGGGUGGCGUGGCUUCUGAGUUAGUGAUAGCGGAGGAGAAGGUGUUAUUUGUUCGUAAAGGAGUCAAAAGCAUUUAAAAGCAUUCAGGGUUGAUGUUUUGAGAUUGCUUGAUUUAGUGGUAAAGUGUGGGGUCAGAGCCAAAGAACUAGGAGCUGAGCCCAAAGGAGGGGUCCAUGAACUGCAGCUGGCCUGUGGUGGAUUUACCCUUGACUGAGGUGAUCCCGAGGAAGGCCCCCCCCCUGCGGCUGGACCUGUGGUGAUCCAGAUCUAGGCCUCCUGCUCCUGUGGCUGGCCCUGUGGUGAUCCAGAUCUAGGCCUCCUGCUCCUGUGGCUGGACCUGUGGUGAUCCAGAUCUAGGCCUCCUGCUCCUGUGGCUGGACCUGGCGUCUGUGCACCAGUUCCCCGACUGCUGGUGUAGAGCGGAUGGUCUCUGCGUAUAGCUUCUCUGUAGGUGUAGGUCGGGCCUGACCAUGACUGAUCUCUGUUAAAUGUAGUUGCCCCCCACCCCUCACCCAGAGCUUUUUCUCAGUUAAAAAGGAGUUUAGGUAAGGGCAGCUGUUUACCCUCAGCUGUUAGCUAGAAGAUGUAUCAAGUCCAGGGCUCACAGCAAACUUUUUGACAAUCACUCUCUUUCCCCUUCAUUCCACCUCCCCUUUCCUCUCCCCCUCUCCCUUUGGUGUCCCCUUCGUCCUUCUAAAGUGUUCUUCUUACAAAGUAGAGGACAGGGAUGCUGAUCAAAGGCCAAUCCUACCACAUCCUUGCCUCGCAGAGACUUGACUGAGGCCCCAAGGAAAGCAAGUCCACACCCCGCUGACCGCACCGCAGCUGCUCAUUCUGGAACUAUUUUAACAGACUUGUGCGUGUUCCUUCCAACCAAAGAAAUGCAUGUGCAAUAGAAGCCUUUCUGAGGAUGGGCGCCGCCUCCUCGGUUUCUUCAGCAGCUUGCAAAUCGGAGAGCAGAGGGAGCGAGCAGUGCGCUGGGCUUCCAGAGGGGCCUCCCCGUCGCUCUGCUUUGAGUCUAGGUAGAUUCUGUUGUUGUUUAUAAAUUCCCAAGGAAUUGUUAACGGGUGAGACUUAAUGGAUUCUUUUGGAAAUUCCAAGGUGCUCCAGCUCUUUGCCUUUCUAUGAACUGUGCCUUUGAGUGAGUAUCUGUCCCUUUGCGGUGGCUCUCCUGACUUGUCAGAGGCUGUCACCCUGUGGGGCAGAUCCAAGUGCAGGGUGUGCUCCACAGCUCUGAGACAAUCGGAUCGUCUAAGCUAUUAGGAAGAGUUGGAAAAAACAAUAAAACACAAAAACAUAGAACUAGCUAUAAAAUAUGGAUGGCACAUCGUGUUUAAUUUUGCAUGUAAUUUCUUAGUGCAUCAGCGAGGCUUUAGUGACACCGUCACCCAACCCUUCGCCUUUGUUGUUCAGGGACCGCCUUCGAGGCUUCUGUGCUGGUUUUACUAUUGAGACUGGGGCUGGGGUUUGUGUCUGCCGUAGCCAACCACCUGGUCUUCUAAUUAUUCCUCCAAGUAAGCUUAGAGUUGGUGAAGCGUUCAUUUCUCAGUUCAAGAUCCUGCUAGAACCUGAAAGUAGUAGCUGAUGGCUAUCUGUGAAUUUAUUAUUAUUUUAUUAUUUUACUUGAAGUAGACUGUGUGAUGCAGGGAUCCUCACCUGUGUUCAUUUGAACCUCGCUCGCUGCCGUGUGCACUACACCCCGUGACUUGGAAACUGUUGAGGAUCUCCCCGUUCCGGGUUCCUGGAGAUUGCUGUUCUCCCAAACACUGGUUACUACAGCAGCGUCUCUAAAGCAUGAAAAAGAGCCCCAGAGGCCAAAGAUCUUUAUUGUCACCCAGUGUUCCAGCCUUUCUGUCAAAUGAAAGCAAGCUUUGCUGUAAUGCUGUUUUCUCUCCGGAAUGUGAUGGUACCCGAACGAACGGUGUUAAAUGAAGGGCGGAGUUGCAGGGAGCAUUUGAAAUCUAGAAGUUAAAAGCUAUAUUUAUAAUGUUGAUGAGUUUUAAGUUUUAUUUUUAUAGGGAAGAUUUUUCUCCCCUGAAGUUGUGUCUGGAAUGGCAAAAUUGUUUCUAUUAUUAAAAAUCGAAGUUGUUAGUUGA